GCAAAGUGAUCCAGUGGGCUACAGAUCACACUCCUGGCAGCCAGCCAAGUUCCCGGAGACCCCAGCCGAUCUCAGUAUGAUGCAAAUAUCUCAGGGGACGAUAAGCAGUCCUUGGCAUCAAGCCUACCAUCCGAGUUCCUCCACCAACGACCUCUCCAACUUCGACCAUGGCUUUUUAAGAAGAAGUCCCGACCAGUACAGUUCCAGGGGGAGCAUGGAGAGUCUAGAUCACCUGCCGGCGGGAUACGCCCACCCUUCCUGCCAUCUUUCGCCAGCCAAGUCCACCAGUAGCAUCGACCAACUCGCUCACCUUCACAGCAAGAGGGAUUCUGCUUACAGCUCGUUCUCCACCAGUUCCAGCACCCCCGAGUAUCAGCUGCCUCCCUUCUGCAAGGAGAGAUCCUAUUCAAUGGAGAACGUGCAUUCCCGAGCCAGGCCGCAAGAAAGCGGCAUGCGUCAGGCGGACAUCCGGUACAUCAAGACGGUCUACAAUGCCCAGAGAGGCGUUUCAGAGGAGUAUGAGGUGAAGUCCUCUGCUCUCGUAGCCAGCGGGGAGGCCCACCCUAAAGCUUACAGCACCAGCAGGCCGCACGGCCAUCACAAAGUCCCGCAGGGGCGGAAUUCGUUGGACAACGAGAGCCAGUACGCGAAGGGGCCUCCCAUGCCGCCCACCCGAAGUGAUAGCUACGCAGCAACCAGGCAUCACGACAGGCCCACCUCUUGGUCUAGUCACGAACAAAGAAAGGCGUUGAGGACCCAUUCCAAAAACGCUUGGCUUCUCCUAGGCCAGGGCGCGCCGCCUCCGGGGCAGCUCUCGAAACCGGGAUUCCUAGAAGGACAGCUCCACACCGUGAUGGAGAGGAGUCCAGAGGGCAGCCCCACCAUGAAGCCCAAACAAGGUUACCCCCAAGCUACUCAACCAGGACAGCCUCUGCUGCCUACUGGGGUUUACCCCGUCCCUUCUCCCGAACCACAUUUUGCUCAGGUUCCUCACCCUUCCGCGAACAACAGCGGGCUGGUGUACCCGGUGCUUGCCAAAGAGAGCGGUCACGCUCCUCCUCCGGCUUCUUUUCCCGCUUCUUACGAAAAGGCCAUUUCCUGCAAGCCGCUUCCCGUCGUGGAUGAGAAUGGCAACCAGAGCAUCCCGAGCAAGGCAACCGUCUUCUACCAUCCGGAAUGCGGACCCUCCGGAGCAGGGAAAAAAAAGAUGGACAAUGAGACUCCGAAAGUCGUCUUAUACAGGACCCAUCCUCAAGCCUACCCAACCUCUCCGAGACAGGAGGAGGAAGCAGAGCUCCCCUACACCGCGCAACCCAACAUCCAAGAAAGCGCGAACGAUGCCCAAUAUUUGAACCAUGCGUUUCAGCCGUGGUCAUUUCACCUGCGAGACGCGGUGGCUGAGAGCAAAGCCUUCUGCCCAUCAAAGGCGUACACUUCAGAGGAACAGCCAGAGGACUGGAAUGCCAACCUGCCGAUAAAUGAGGGUGAUCCUGCUGCACAAAACCCGUGGAACCCCAACAAGGCGAAGCAGUUCCUCUUCUCUUCCUUGCAAAAUAUCCCAGAGAGCGCUCAGCUUCAAAACCCCAUGGAUUUGAAGGAGGCGCAACCGGGUAGGAAUUGUUCGGGUGCCAAGUGGCACUUGGUUAACUAUGCCAACCAGGAAGAAAAGGAUAUUAAAGAGCAGGCCCCAGAAUAUUGGCAGGAGAGAGAAUGGCGUGCCACAGAAGAUCACCGAGAUGCCACGAUGAGUGCCGAUUAUAGCCACGGCGCGGAACCAAAUUAUGAGGAACCUUCCUCUCCAUUGCUCCCAAAGACCUCCGAUUUCAGAGCUGACCAGUUCCGAUCUUGCAGCAACAACAGCUUUCAGCCCCCCUGGUCUGGGAAAAAGGAGUCUAGGAAGACCCGAUGUUCUGUGCUGGAGAAGGUCAGCAAGAUAGAGCGACGGGAACAAGGCCAUCCGCGCCCGCAGAGCGCAAAUAGCUUGAGCCAAAAUUCAAAGAAGUCCGGCGUUGAAGAUAGCCGACGUAGACAUAACUCUCAAGAAUACGGUCAAUUGCUGGAUGAACACGGCAGGCCGGCCAGCACAAAUAACUCAGACCUGUACCCAAAUGUGCUCUAUCUAAAUGAAAGAAGUACUGGCAAACCAGAAAAGGCCAACCGGUACUCUGCCGAGCAGCAGAGGGCAAUCGCGGCGGCUUUGGUAGCACCGCCAGAUCAGCAGAGCACCUACCGCCACGGGGGCUCCAGCAAGGAGUCGCACAAGAAGUCUGGGCAGCUACAGAGGAGCCGUAGUACGUUCCAGUUGUUGGAUGAACCCGAGAGAGAAGUCUUACAGAAAGUCAGUGCCAAGGAACCGCACGGCUCGCAGCGGGAAAUUAACCCUGUUAACAGGACUUACAGGAACAGCAUUAAGGAUGCCCAGUCGAAGGUUUUGAGGGCCACCUCGUUCAGACGUAAGGACCUCAACAUUAGCCCUGCUUUUGGGAAGGAGGUUCAGAGAAGUACGCCAAGACCCGCUUCAGCCCUCACCGGGAUGAGGAGCACAACAGCAUCUCCACAUACCCCAAAGGAGAGGCACAGCAUCACACCGACAGAGAUCAAGAUGGAUCCUAUCAAUAAGGAUGGCCUCCCGGGACCUCUGCACGUGCACCGUAUCGGGGGACGGAAACGGCUAACUUCGGAGCAGAAAAAGAGGUCUUACUCCGAACCAGAGAAGAUGAACGAAAUCGGCGUGUCAGAUAACGACCUCUCGCCAUCCUCGCUUCAGAAGAAGAUGCUCCAGUUUGUCUUCCAAGAGAGCACCGUGGCGGACCGACGCAAGAUCUUCGAGAAGGAGAACAAAGCUUCUUCCACCAUCAAUCUUUCAAGGCCGGAGCUGAAGCAGCUGCAGCAAAAUGCCCUGGCGGAUUAUAUUAAGCGCAAAAUUGGGAAGCGCCCUUCGUCGGCUUCUCAAGAAAGGGAAGGAUCGCAGACCCCGUGCCGGCAAACCAACGGCCAAGAGAGCCAAUCUUUGUCCCCGGCUUCCAGCAUGAAUUCUCUCCAAGACCAGAGUCUUUUUCACACCAGGGAGACUCUAGAAUGGGCCUCUAGAAUGGGGCACGUUUACUCUCCUCUGCCCGGGCUUCACGGCUGCUUUAAUCCCGUUGAAUUCGAGAGCAAGAUGGCGGGCCCUCCAAAUCACGGCGGUAACAGCAAAAGCUCCACACCCAGUUGGCUGAAAUCAGAUGGCCGCCCAGAUCACAGAGUGAAUCCGGAGCUGACAAAAAGCACACAGACCGAUCUCGACCUCUGCACCCCGCCGCAGCCCGUCAACCAGAUCCUGGAGAAAAAGACGCGGCUCACCAAGAAGCCUGGGAAAUCGGCUUCCGCAGAAGAUCUGCUGGAUCGGACAGAAAACCAGCCUAUGACCAUGCACGUACGGUCCAGGUCAUCUCCCUCGGCCGAUAAAAUGUGCCAGGAUUUCCAGGUGGAAGACAGUAACCAAAUCUCUCAUUUUAUGAAAGAUCCUUUCUAUGUACUGGGUGCUACAAGCAGGUCAUUCGGCAAUAGCAAACGAGGUCACCUCGAGAAAUCGGCAUUCACGCAAUACCGUCCUCAUCACAGCAGUGAGAAUGUGGGUAGCACGGCGCCCGCCGCAGAGAGGCAGAAGGUCCCUGAUAUUCUCCGACAUCACAGCCGGACAUCGGCCUUCGUCUCCCCUUGCCCGGAUACGAAGGAGAAGCAUUCCGAUGCCAAGCAAGGCUUCAGGCGGGUGGCUCCUUCCAAAACCAGCUAUUCCUCCCGUAGUCCGGCAUUCUCCACCCCGACUCUUUCCGACUUUCCCGCUGCCGGGGACAACGCGGUGACGAGGUGGCCGCCCAGAGCUGACAAGGAAGAGCACAGCAAAGCUCAGAGCCAGAUCCUGGAAAGUGUCCAUCAGCCAAGCAAGGAGCCAGCAGAAGAAACAACAGUGUGGAGGUCCAAGUCUACUUCAUCUCAAAGGCAACAACACCCGGCUAAAAUGAAAUGGGCCAGAGAGAACCACCUUCCAAAGAGCUCCGCUUCUGCUCAAACAACCGGCCAGAAGGUUUUCCAACAGUGGCACGGGAUCCCCUCGAAGAAUAGUUCCUUCUCGGAGCCAGAAUCUCUCUCUGGUCAAGGAAGGUUCUCACUGCGCAUCUCCGAAACCUACCCUCAGAUCUCCCCACCACCGUUCUGUCGAGAGGAGGAUGACGAUGACGUCUUCCUCCAAGAAGCCCAGACUCAUCAUAUGGGUGCUCUAUCAGACUAUCCACCGCUUCCGGAGAGUCCCGUUGACAACCUAGAAGAAUUCCCGUCGCCGCCCCCAAGUGUGGCAUUUGAAGAGGACAAUCCAGCAUCGGACAGCUCUAUAAGUCUCGCAGACGAGAAGAUAACAAGGGCUUCCGUUCUGGAUAUCUCCGGUCGCUACAGGACCCCCCAUCCUGCCAGGGCUGCCAUAUUGAACCUUUCCUUUGUCUCUUUUCUUCUUCUCCUCUCCCAGGUGUCUCUGAACGAAAAGCGGAAGAUGUUAGCCAGCCAGCAUGAAGACGCCCGUGAGUUGAAGGAAAACCUGGACCGGCGAGAACGAGUGGUCUUGGACAUCCUGUGCAGCUACCUCUCGGAGGAUCAGCUCCAGGAUUACCAGCACUUUGUGAAGAUGAAAUCGGGGCUGCUUAUAGAACAGCGGGAGCUCGACGACAAGAUCAAACUCGGGCAGGAACAACUGAAGUGCCUCUUGGAGAGCCUCCCCACGGAAUUCUUCCUCGAGAGCAAAAUGGCCGCCGAGCCUCCCGCCAUCCCGAGGACCAACUCCGAGAACAGAUCUACCCCGUCUUUCCUCUGACCUCCUCCCGAUGAAGCUCACCUUAAAACGAACAAACACCUGGCAUUUAUUUAAUCAGAGACAAAAAAGGGUUUAACUUUCGAAAUCGGAGGCGGAUUUUCUUUUUGUGUUUUUCCUCUUUCUAAUGAACGUAGGGAACUCAAACCAGCCAUGAAGACUCGACGUUCCCUUUUUGUUGUUGUUGUUGUUGUCCCCGCCAAAGGCGCUU